CAACACUUCAAUGAAAUUUCAUACAAUUUUGACUACAUUUUUGACAAUUAGUUUGCAGUCAUAUAUAAAAAGGCAAUGAAUUGAAUGGAAAGACAAGCGAUGAGUGAUUUAGUGCUCAAAUUGACUCAAAUAUUGCACACAUUUAGGGAUUUAUGCCUUCAUUUGAUAAAUAACUGCAAAUGUAAUCAAAAGUCACAUCUGUUUCACGAUUUGAUUCAAUUGGAGAAGCAGUACAACGACCGCAAGAAGACAUGUCUGCACCACUCGGACACCACCACCGAUGGCGUCCACAACAACGAGUUGCUGGCAGUCCUCGAGAGCCAUCGAAGCACAUCACUCGCUGUGAUCAACACAUGUCGGUGCCAUCAGUCCACUGAUAUCUACCACAAACUUAUCCGAUGUGAACGAGACUAUCAUUUGGCGAAACAGACAACUCGUGAGCUAUCGUCGAGUGACACCCAAUCGGUCACCACUUUGAUGGUCACCGAAGAUCUCAUGAAAGCCAUGGAUGACAGUGUGUCUUGUGGUGCAGAUAUUAAGCGCGAGUUUGAGACCAAAUGUGACACAAAACCAAUUGAAUUGGCGGACAUUAAGACCAAAAAUGAGACCAAAACAGACAUAAAAGACUUGAAGAUUGUUAAGCGACCCAUAGAUGACAUAAAGUGCGAUAAAAUUGAUGUCAAAAAGUCUUUUAAAUUGGAUGUCAAACAAAGUGUUGAUUGUGUGCCACAAACAGAGUCCAAGAAGUUAAUUGCGACACAAGGCGUAGGAUCAAGUGAUAAGUUAAUGAGUGAUAAUAUCAAUGAACUGAAGGGUUGUCCAAAAGACCAGACACUCGACACCAACAGUACUAAUAAGACAUUUGUGUCAAACACUAUCCCUAAGCCAUCGACAGAUAAAUUGCUAGUAUUUUAUGAAUUGGUUCAACAAAACAGUACUAAUCAUAUUAAUAGCUAUAAAAGUGAUGCUUUGCCCCCAAAAGUAGCUCAAACUAAUGGCAACUACAGUGACACGUGUGUGACGGCUGUUGCCAUACCAGUGCCAGUGAUGCCAAAUCCAAAGAUACAAAUGACAAAAUGUAACGAAUGUCACAAAGAAUUCAAACUCAAGAGUCAAUACUUAAGUCAUGUGAAUAAAGUACACAAAAAGCGAUUCCAUUGCACUGAAUGUGAUUACAGGACAAAUAAGUCCUCGUAUUUGAAGAAACAUUUGGACAAACAUUUAGUCCAACCAUCGGAUGAUAAGUCAUCAGUAGUUUCAUCGCAUAAAUCAUCGACAAAACCAUUGCAAAGCCAAACAUCUAGUUUAAAGCCAUCGGAGGACCCGUAUCUCACAGACCGUCCAUUCGUAUGCCAUACCAAAGGCUGUAAUAAAAGCUUCACAACGAAGCAGGCCUUACAGAACCACAAAAACUAUGGAAAUUACAUGACUUUACGGCACUUGACAUGUGAUUGGGACGAUUGCCACAAAAGUUUUUUCGACAAAAAGUCUUUAAUCGCGCACAAAAGCACUCAUUCGACCGGAAGUAUGACUUGUAGUGAAUGCCGGAAACAAUUCUUAAGCCGAAAACGACUCCUAAAACAUAUGCAAAACGUUCACAUAUUAUUGGAGUUUAAAUGCGAUUCGUGUGAUUAUAAAACACAUGUUAAGUACGAACUGAAUCGACACCAACGACUCAGCCAUUCGGUGGCCGCCACUCAUGUCUCUCAACAAAAGCACAAAUGUCUGAUAAAUGGUUGCCAUAAAGUGUUUGUCACGCAAUCGGGGCUAAUCACCCAUAAAAGGGACAGUCAUUGGCGCACAGAUAGUGAACAACAGUAUGCCUGUGAUUGGAGUCACUGUAGCCGCCGGUUCCUCACCAUUGAGAGCCUCGAGAAACACAAACGUCUGCAUAGUUUUGGAAAAAUCUCGACCAAUAGAAUGAGACCCAGUGCUGACGACAGGGAUCCACCAAACUGUCAUGUUCCCGAAGAUACUGAAAGCUCCGACGAUGAGUUGGAAGUGGUGUUCGAGUCGUUGGCCAACAAGUGAUGGCCAGACAAUGAAAUUGCAAAAUUGUAUUUAAUAU